AUGAAGCCAGCCUCUAUCAAUCAAUCUCGAUCUAAAAGAUCUUUGCAGGCUCGAAUGCGAGUUAUUCUCAAUGCAGUGGACAAACUGAGGGGAUGUGUUCGACAAGUUGAAAAUUUUAAUUCAAGUGGGGCUUCAGAACAAGAUAUUUUAUAUCGAGCCAAAACAUUGUUAACACAUGAUAAAAAUUACAAGAAGGGGUUCAAAUUUGAUCAUGUUUGGCCUAUCCUUAAAGAUAUUGAAAAAUUUCGACAUGACGUUCAUGCAGCAACAUCAGUCUUCCAAGUGCGAUAUGGUAAUUUUGCAUCAUCACCUUCAGAAUCUCCCACUUCAGUAUCUCCGAGAUUAUCUUCAUUUAGUCUUAUUAUAAACGAAGAAAAUGUAGUUGGUACUUCAACUGAACGACCUAGUGGUGCGAAGAAAGCAAAGAAUCAAAUGACAAACGUAGUAGUAUCUACUUCAGUUGAAAAGAAGAACGGAGAGGAAUCUAGUCCUCAAAACCUCGAGGGCUCUACUGAGAAAGCUAAUGGCUCACAAGCUAAUGACUUCAACAUUGAUGCCUAUUUCGUUGUUCUGAGAAAAUUCUGGCAUCCGAUUGAAAAUGGCGACUGCUCUGGGGUAGCUGAUAUUGGAGAUUGUGAAGAAGAACAAUUCGUUUUUGGUGAAGGAGUCUACGAAUGGAACUGUCGGAGUUGUGUUCAGCAAGGAGCCUAA